AAGAGGAAGGAAAAAAGAGCGAGACAGCCAGGGAAGAGAAAGAUGUCACUGUCUCAUCUCCCUGUCAUUUUCAUUUCCAGCAGGCGCCGGGCGAAGGAGCUGCUAGAACAAUGCUGAGGCGGGCGAGGUGAGCAGCGGCCGGCUCUGCCUCUGCGCGGAAGCCCCGCAGGAGGAUCUCGAACAGGUGAUCUGAGGAGCCCGAAACUGAGGCCACCUGGGCGUCCCCCGCCUCGCCUCGGCCAGGCCCUGAGCCCAAGAAAAGGUGGGGAAACCAUGGCGACCAAUUUCAGCGACAUCGUCAAGCAAGGCUACGUGAGGAUGAAGAGCAGGAAGCUUGGGAUCUACCGCCGGUGCUGGCUGGUGUUCCGGAAAUCCUCCAGCAAGGGGCCCCAGCGGCUGGAGAAGUACCCGGAUGAGAAGUCAGUGUGCCUCCGAGGCUGCCCCAAGGUGACUGAGAUCAGCAACGUGAAGUGUGUCACGCGGCUCCCCAAGGAGACCAAGAGGCAGGCGGUGGCCAUCAUAUUCACUGAUGACUCAGCCCGUACCUUCACCUGCGACUCAGAGCUGGAGGCGGAGGAGUGGUACAAGACCCUGUCUGUGGAGUGCCUGGGCUCCAGGCUCAACGACAUCAGUCUGGGGGAGCCGGACCUCCUGGCCCCGGGGGUGCAGUGCGAGCAGACAGAUCGCUUCAACGUCUUCCUGUUGCCCUGCCCCAACCUGGACGUGUACGGCGAGUGCAAGCUGCAGAUCACCCACGAGAACAUCUACCUCUGGGACAUACACAACCCCCGCGUGAAGCUCGUCUCGUGGCCCCUCUGCUCACUGCGCCGCUAUGGCAGGGACGCCACACGCUUCACCUUUGAGGCGGGCCGGAUGUGCGAUGCUGGCGAAGGGCUCUACACCUUCCAGACGCAGGAGGGGGAGCAGAUUUACCAGAGGGUCCACAGUGCCACCCUGGCCAUCGCUGAGCAGCACAAGCGGGUGCUGCUGGAAAUGGAGAAGAACGUGAGGCUGCUGAACAAGGGCACGGAACACUACUCCUACCCCUGCACGCCCACUACCAUGCUGCCCCGCAGCGCCUACUGGCACCACAUCACCGGCUCCCAGAACAUCGCCGAGGCCUCCAGCUACACCAGUGAGGCGUGUGGGGCAGCCCAGGCCAGCUCAGAAACGGACCUCCUCAACAGAUUCAUCCUGCUAAAGCCAAAGCCCAGCCAGGGGGACGGCAGCGAGGCCAAGACGCCAGCCCAGUGACAGGAGGGCUGGUGUGCACGGACGAUGACUGAGGCUGCCCAGCUGCAGGGCCGACCGCAGCGUGCUGAGGGCGGCCUCAGGGGCUGCUGGCCAAGAGCCUGGAGAAGGGGAGCCCGCUGUCCCUUCCUUGCCCCCGUGGGUGAGGCCGGACCAAGGCCAAGGGCUGGCCACACCACCUGAGCAUGUGAGGGGCUGGAGCUACCAUGGGACUAUAUACUGUUAAUGAUUUUAAUAUAUAUGGCUUAUGACAUAUUCUAUAUUAAUGAGAUUCCCCCGUCCCUCCCUGCCACCCCAGUUUUUAAUCCCAUGACCAGGCCAGUCGAGGCUGGUUUUGGAUGUCCUUGGUGGCACAGCCCUCCCGCUGCCAGGACUUGUGUGAACUGCCCGGGCCGGAGGGAGGCGGUCAGAACUCUGGGCCGGCUUUGCCCGGGCCGCCCAAGGGCUAAGGUGGCAGGCAGCUUCCUGGGUCCUCCGGGGCCAGAGUGGCCCGAGGAGGUGCCACUUGAUGACAUCUGGUUGACACCUCAGGUGGAAGUCUGGCUUGAAGAUGUCUGCCCAGGCCCCUUCCUGUUUUGGAGGCCGAGAAGCUUGCCCUGUGGGGGUGAGUGCCGAGACCUCAGCCAGGGGAGGGGGCCGGCUCCCAGCUCUGCCCUGCCCCCGGGCCAGGCCAGGAGGGAAGGCCGCGGCAGGCCUGCUGUGGGGAGCUCCCCUGCUGCCCCCCCUCACUGACCCGGGGCGGGCAGUGCCCCGGCACAGGCGCCCCGCCCCGCAUCUGGCCGCCCUCUGGCCAGAAAGCACUCAGAAACCAGCCCUUCCUCGCCCCCCCUCCCCACAUGGUGCUGAGGCUCCCUGCUGAAAUGCAAUUAAAGCAAUUGAUUUUCUAGUGCUGGUAUUUACUGACUACUGGGCAGAAGGGCUAUCUUUCUAUCCACAUCGAACCUAUGGUUGCGUGUAUGGUUUGUUUUUUUUAAAUAAAUACUUUAGGGUUCUGAUUUGUGGAAACAGACCUUGUUACCUUGAUGUAAAUAACCACUACCCGAGUUGUGGCAGGAGGACGACGAAGCACUGGCUCCCGCAGCAGAACCCUGGAGCCGGGAGGGGCCGCGGCCAGCCCCGCCCACCCUGAAGCUGCCCCGGGGGGAGGACCUCCGGGAGGAACACGCCAGCCCGAAGGGAGCCUGGGCCAAGGCCUCGGGGAGGCAGGCAGAGCUGGCUGGCUCAGCUAGUGGCACGAUGACGCAUGAAGGAGAUUAUGUUGUGCUCUUUAUUGCCAAAAAUAAAAACUCUACUGUUAAUAAAUA